GCCGCCGACUCGGCGCUGCGGGCUGGAGCGGGCGGCCGGGCGGCUGCCUGUCCAGGCCGGGGCUGGCCGCGCCUCGCGUCGCCGUGCAGUGCGCCGGGUCUCCGGGAGAUGGCUUCUCCGCUCCCGCCCGCUGCUCCCGCUAUUGUCUCACCCGGGGUGGCCUGACUCUGCGGGCUCGCGCACGCUCCGGACCCGGAGGGCUCCCCCGCGCCCCCGGAGCGGGUCCCGGCGCCCUUUCCUGCCUUCCCCGCCGCCCCGGGGUGGGGGCCCCAGGGCCGGCGCUCGCGGCGGGCAGCGCGGAGAGGGGAGCGGCCCGGGCGCGGGCGGUGCGCGGCCGGCGCGCCCGGGUGCUGGGGACGCCUGGAGCUGCGGAGCCGGCAGCCCGCGUCGCCGAGCACACGCCACGUCGGGUCUCGCAGGGAAGCCCGCAGCGAGCACAGACUCCAAUGGGUUAGCCCCGCCCAGCCCGGGAGGCCUUGAGACGCAUGAGGACUUGGGGCUUGAGCACGGGAGCAGUGAGGUGUCUCCACACUGCCUCUCAUCUCUUCCCUCCGGGGUUCCAUUCAGCUGACUGCCAGCUCCCGGUGUCUGAUCUACGUCGCGAGCUCUAGGAAGGAAAGUUUUGAAAGGAGCCACAAGCUGCCUGAACUCUUCCAUCCCUGACUUUCUUCUUACUCAAGUUCUCAAUCUGCAGGGUUUGUGGUUAAAAAGCCUGAUGCAGGGCCCAGUGAAACCCAAGAAGAAGCUGUUCCUAUGAGCUUCAGAGCCAUACCAGAGAUGGAAUUACCAAACCCAGACAGAGCCUCCAGCAAGGACAGAUUUGGGAUCACAUCGGACUCAGGGUGGGCACAGCUCUACUCCCUGUGCCUUGUGUUCAGCAUGUUCGGGACAGAGCAAUUGUUCCAGAAGGUUCUGUCAGAGGUCCCACAUCUGAGUGGAGAAGAGGUGAAGAUAAGAGGGACUCUGUCCCUGAAGUCACAGGCCCUGUGGCCCUGGGUUGGGACAGAAGACUCUCAGCAGAGGUCCAUCCUCUUUGGAGGUGCCCAGACACCAUGCCAGAAUCCUGUACACCUGACACUGGGAGGAAGUAGAAGACUUCCUUGUCUCCUCUGCUCCCCAUCCUCACCAUGUCUUCGACUCAGGGCAAUGGGGAACACUGGAAGUCCCUGGAGUCGGUGGGCAUCAGCCGCAAGGAGCUGGCCAUGGCCGAAGCCCUGCAGAUGGAGUACGACGCGCUGUCCCGGCUCCGGCAUGACAAGGAGGAGAGCAAAGCCAAGCAGAACACAGACUCCGCUCUCAUCAGCUGGGAUGAGCCCGUCCUAGACUUCUACAGCAAGCCGGCAGGAAGGCAGAAGGACCUCAAACUCUUACGUGGUCUUUCUGGCUCCGAUCCUACCCUCAAUUACAACUCACUCUCCCCACAGGAAGGGUUAUCCAACCACUCUACCUCCCAGGGCUCCCAGCCUGGCCCGGAUCCCUGGCCAAAAGGCUCUCUGGCUCGAGACUAUCUCUACAUCUUUGAUGGUUCAGAUGAGGGGCUCUCUUUGUCCCCGGGGGACAUAGGACUGGGGGACAUAGAUGGCUCUUCCAAGAAACUGUCCCCACCUCCUCUGCCUCCCCGUGUCUCUAUCUGGGACACCCCUCCACUGCCUCCCAGAAAGGUGUCUCCCUCGUCCUCCAAGAUCUCCCAGCCCAAUGACUUCAACACGUUCUCUUUGGUGGAGCAACCUCCAGGCAAACUGCUGGGGCGUCGCAUCCUAGAGGAGGAAGAGGAGCGGGGGGGCGGGGGUCCGGGGCGCGUCCUGGGGCCUGUGGACUAUGACGGUAUCAAUGAUGCGAUCACGCGCCUCAACCUGAAGUCCACCUACGAUGCGGAGAUGUUGCGUGACACCACCAGGGGCUGGAAGGAGGGCCGGGGGCCCCUGGACUUUGGCGGCAAGGACACUCCUGGGAAACCUGUGGCCCGGAGCAAGACCAUGCCCCCUCAGGUGCCGCCGCGCACCUAUACCUCCCGCUAUGCCAAUGGGAAAAAUAAGACCCCGGGCAAGAACCGCCGGAUUUCCGCCACGCCGGUGGACUCACGGCGCCAUGCUGUUGCCAAUGGCCAUGAAUUGUUUGAGGUCUCAGAGGAAAGAGAUGAGGAAGUUGCUGCGUUUUGCCACAUGCUGGAUGUCCUUCGAUCUGGCUCGGACAUCCAAGACUACUCCCUCACUGGAUAUGUCUGGAGUGCUGUCACCCCGAGCCCAGAGCACCUCGGGGAUGAGGUCAACCUGAAGGUGACUGUGUUGUGUGACAGCCUACAGGAGCCGCUCACUUUUACCUGCAACUGUUCUUCCACUGUAGACUUGCUCAUCCACCAGACUCUGUGCUACACCCACGAUGAACUGAGGGGUGUGGACGUGGGGAACUUUGUGCUGAAGCCCUGUGGGCUGGAGGAGUUCCUGCAGAAUAAGCAUGCCCUGGGCAGCCACGAGUACAUUCAAUAUUGCCGCAAGUUCGACAUCGACAUUCAGCUACAGCUGAUGGAGCGGAAAGCUGUACGCAGUGACCUGGCCCGGACGGUGAAUGAUGACCAGAGCCCCUCCACCUUGAACUACCUCGUCCAUCUGCAAGAGAGGCCAGUCAAACAGACCAUCAGCAGGCAGGCCCUGGAUCUUCUGUUCGACACAUACCAUAAUGAAGUGGAUGCUUUCCUGCUGGCUGAUGGCGUCUCCAAAGCUAAGGGACAUAGAGGUGUCCCCCCAGCUGCUGUACUUGAAUGUACACCAGAGUGUGCAUCCUAUGAGCAAUGCCCAGGAACCUCUGAUUUGAGACGCUCCGAUGUGCUGGAGUCACAGGGGGAUUUCCCACUGAAGGCCGACAGGGUGGUCCAGUCCGUCAAAGCCAUCUGCAACGCCCUAGCCGCCGUGGAGACCCCUGAGAUCACCAGCGCCCUCAACCAGCUGCCCCCCUGCCCCUCCCGCAUGCAGCCGAAAAUUCAGAAGGAUCCCACUGUCUUGGCUGUGAGGGAAAACCGAGAGAAGGUUGUGGAAGCUCUGACAGCCGCCAUCUUGGACCUGGUGGAGCUAUACUGCAGCACGUUCGAUGCGGACUUCCAGACGGCCGUGCAUGGGAGCCGCAAGCACGAUCUGGUCCAGGAGGCCUGCCAUUUCUCUGGGCCCCUGGCCUUCACUGUCUAUGCCACCCACCGCAUCCCCAUCACCUGGGCUACCAGCUAUGAAGAUUUCUACCUCUCCUGCUCCCUCAGCCAUGGCGGGAAGGAACUAUGCAGCCCCCUGUACACCCGAAGGGCUCACUUUUCCAAGUACCUCUUCCACCUCAUCAUCUGGGACCAGCAGAUCUGCUUCCCUGUGCAGGUGAACCGGCUGCCUCGGGAGACCCUGCUGUGUGCCACACUCUACGCUCUGCCCAUCCCCUUGCCUGGGAGCUCCUCGGAGGCCAAUAAGCAGCGGCGUUUGCCGGAAGCCCUGGGCUGGGUCACUACCCCACUCUUCAACUUCAGGCAAGUCCUGACCUGUGGUCGGAAGCUUCUGGGCUUAUGGCCAGCAACACAGGAAAACCCCAGUGCCCGUUGGAGCGCACCUAAUUUCCACCAGCCAGAUAGCGUCAUCCUGCAGAUCGACUUCCCCACCUCAGCCUUCGACAUCAAGUUCACCAGCCCCCCUGGAGACAAGUUCAGCCCCCGCUAUGUGUUUGGCAGCCUCCGGGAGGAAGACCAACGUGUGCUUAAGAACAUCAUGCAGAAGGAGUCCUUGUACUGGCUCACCGAGGCCGACAAGAAGCGCCUGUGGGAGAAGCGAUACUAUUGCCAUUUGGAGGUGAACUCCCUCCCCCUGGUGCUCGCCAGCGCCCCCAGCUGGGAGUGGGCUUGCUUGCCCGACAUCUAUGCUCUCCUGAAGCAGUGGACCCACAUGAAUCACCAGGAUGCCCUGGGGCUCCUGCAUGCCACCUUCCCGGACCAGGAGGUGCGAAGGAUGGCCGUCCAGUGGAUUGGCUCGCUGUCGGACGCUGAGCUCCUCGACUACUUGCCUCAGCUUGUGCAGGCCCUGAAGUACGAGUGUUACCUGGAUAGCCCCUUGGUGCGCUUCCUCCUGAAACGAGCCGUCUCUGACUUGAGAGUGACUCACUACUUCUUCUGGCUCCUGAAGGACGGCCUCAAAGACUCUCAGUUCAGCAUCCGCUACCAGUACCUGCUGGCAGCCUUGCUGUGCUGCUGUGGCAAGGGCCUGAGAGAGGAGUUUAACCGCCAGUGCUGGCUCGUCAAUACCCUGGCCAAGCUGGCCCAGCAGGUCCGAGAGGCCGCCCCAUCUGCGCGGCAGGGGAUCCUCCGCACGGGCCUGGAGGAGGUGAGGCAGUUCUUUGCCCUGAUCGGCUCCUGCCGCCUGCCACUCAGCCCUAGUCUGCUGGUUAAGGGCAUCGUGCCCAGGGACUGUUCCUACUUCAACUCCAACGCUGUCCCUCUCAAGCUGUCCUUCCAAAAUGUGGAUCCACUGGGCGAGAACAUCCGUGUCAUCUUCAAGUGUGGGGACGACCUUCGCCAGGACAUGCUAACCCUGCAAAUGAUUCGCAUCAUGAGCAAGAUCUGGGUCCAAGAGGGGCUGGACAUGCGCAUGGUCAUUUUCCGCUGCUUCUCCACUGGCCGGGGGAGAGGGAUGGUGGAAAUGAUCCCCAAUGCCGAGACGCUGCGCAAGAUCCAGGUGGAGCACGGGGUGACUGGUUCCUUCAAGGACCGGCCCCUGGCAGACUGGCUGCAGAAACACAACCCCGGGGAGGACGAGUAUGAGAAGGCUGUGGAGAACUUCAUCUACUCCUGUGCUGGCUGCUGCGUGGCCACGUAUGUCCUGGGCAUCUGUGACCGGCACAAUGACAAUAUCAUGCUGAAGACCACUGGCCACAUGUUCCACAUAGACUUUGGCCGCUUCCUGGGCCAUGCUCAGAUGUUCGGCAACAUCAAGCGGGACCGUGCCCCCUUUGUCUUCACCUCGGAUAUGGCGUAUGUCAUCAACGGGGGUGACAAGCCUUCCAGCCGCUUCCAUGAUUUUGUUGACCUUUGCUGCCAAGCCUACAACCUCAUUCGCAAGCACACCCACCUCUUCCUCAACCUCCUGGGCCUGAUGUUGUCCUGUGGGAUCCCCGAGCUCUCAGACCUGGAGGACCUCAAAUAUGUUUAUGAUGCUCUAAGGCCUCAGGACACAGAAGCCAAUGCUACUACCUACUUCACCAGGUUGAUUGAGUCCAGCCUGGGCAGUGUAGCCACAAAGCUCAAUUUUUUCAUCCACAACCUGGCUCAGAUGAAGUUCACAGGCUCAGACGACCGGCUGACCCUUUCCUUUGCCCCCCGAACACACACACUCAAGAGCUCUGGCCGCAUCAGUGAUGUUUUCCUCUGCCGCCACGAGAAGACUUUCCACCCCAACAAGGGCUACGUUUAUGUAAUAAAGGUGAUGCGAGAGAACACUCAUGAGGCCACUUACAUCCAACGGACGUUUGAGGAGUUCCAGGAAUUACACAAUAAGCUACGGCUGCUCUUCCCUUCUUCCCAACUGCCCAGCUUCCCUAGUCGCUUCGUGAUUGGACGCUCCCGGGGGGAGGCGGUGGCCGAGCGGCGGAGGGAGGAGUUAAACCGCUACAUCCGGCACUUGACCCACGAAGCCCCCGAGGUGGCCGAGUGUGAUUUGGUGUACACCUUCUUUCACCCCCUGCCCCGAGAUGAGAAGGCUGCGGGCACCAGUGCAGCUCCUAAGUCCUCAGACGGCUCAUGGGCCCGGCCUGUCGGGAAGGUGGGCGGGGAGGUGAAGCUGUCCAUCUCCUACAAAAACAAUAAACUCUUCAUUAUGGUGAUGCAUAUUCGGGGCUUGCAACUGCUCCAGGAUGGGAAUGACCCGGAUCCCUACGUCAAGAUUUACCUCCUCCCUGACCCUCAGAAAACCACUAAGAAGAAAACCAAAGUGGCCCGGAAAACCUGCAACCCCACGUACAAUGAGAUGCUGGUGUAUGAUGGGAUCCCCAAGGGAGACCUGCAGCAGCGGGAGCUGCAGCUGAGUGUGCUGAGUGAGCAAGGAUUCUGGGAGAACGUUCUCCUCGGGGAGGUGCACAUCCGUCUGCGAGAGCUGGACCUGGCCCAGGAGAAGACUGGCUGGUUCGCACUGGGAUCUCGAAGUCACGAGACCUUGUCCUUCCCUAGAAGAUGAUGAGGACCUCCAUAGCAAAAGAAAAGAACAGCACAAUUUCCAGAGAUGGCGUUACCAUCUCGAAGCGCCUGACGGAUCCCCACGAUUACUAAUGUGACGGGUGUUGCUCCCUUGGAGGUCAUUCCCUGGGUGUAUAAACAAGCUGUAGAACUGCCCUGCCCUGCCUGUGCCAGGCCUGCCCAUUGUGACUCCACCUUUUUGUGGUAACCAUCCUUUUUGUGGUAACUGUUCCUUAAAGGAGAACCACGAUUUGAGGUCGAACACAAACACAUGAAUUGAUGGUUCCUGCUCUCCAAGGAGGGAGAAUAAUUAGGAGAUUAGGGGUGAAAUCUAAGAGGCUGAUGUACGGCUAUUUGCUGAGUUUUCUGGAUCGGGUUUUUUCCAGUUAGGGCUUCAUCUCCCUUAACUAUCUGCUCAGCAUUCUGCUUCCUAUUGCAUUCCUGUGAACCAGGGCAGUCCUUCUCAGGGAGCGGAGAGAGAGGGUGCCACGUUGCUCGAGGUAUGGAGAGUCACUAUGUCUGAUUAUGGAGUUGUACAUGGGACAGGCUUGGAAGGAGGAAAAGAGCCUAAAGAACUGCUGGGCCGGGGUCUCAUGCUGUUCUCUGUUUCCCUCUUAGAGCUAGCAGCCAAGACCAGGUGGUACCAGGACUGUUCUUUGGUAAGUUGGUAUUGGCCCCGAGGCGCUGCCCCCAGCACACACACUUCCGGUGUGCAGAAUGGAAGGCCGGUGUGUGUUUGCAUACGGUUUUCUCUGCCUGCAGUGGCUGGGCCACCUUUCAGCUGUAUUACAGUGGUGCUCUUCCUGCCUUGUGUUUCUGCUGGAUUUGACUGAGUAGCAAGCGGAGGAGAUGUUUUGUUUUUUGGGGUUUUGGGGUGUGGUUUCUACCUUCAGGAAUUUACAGAGGAGUUUUUUUGUUUUGUUGACUUCCGACGACCUUCCCCAAGACAACCUGCUGUGAGUCACAGCUUGACUGGCCUGGGGGGUGUGGCCCAGGACUGCCUAAGAGAUGGCAGUUUUUUAGAGGAAUAUUGACUUACAGAAGAGAAGUCUUGCUGGGAAGUCAAAGGGCUGAAGCAGGUGCAUGUUCUUGCAGUUAAUUUCCCAGGUCAUUUCAGGGGGGAUGACAAGUUAUGUUUAGCAGGUGUCCCUUCUUCUGCCUCCCAUUUGGCGUAGACCCCCUUCAGGGUCCAUUGGGAAUAUUUACCUUCCUUGAUCAGGUUUCAUCUCCCCCCCAAAGGCUUCCCUGAUGAUGACUUCAUCUGUGUAUCCUCACGGAGUUCAUUACGUUGUUCUCAGUGUUACAGCCCCCUGUCGCCCUUUCUCUCACUGUUCAUGUCACACUGAGUUGUAGCUGUUUGCGCUUCCAUUUCUUCCUACAGACUGUCCACCUCUUUGCUGGAAGGGUCCUCAGCACAGUAACCAGAAUGUCUUAGGUGCACAAUAUACUUUGUUUUAACUCAAGUGACAAUUUCCAUAGCCGCCUUCUCCCAGUGGAUAGGCUCCCGGCCAACACACACAAUUAAGUAAUGUAUUGAUUCGUGUGUUUCAAAAAAGCAAUUAAAUGUGUGGAAAAUUCUAUUUUCAAUGUAUACGUUAUGCUUAUUUAUACUACUUGAGAUGUUUUUGAGAAGCUAGUAUUACUAGUGAUGACUUUAAAACUAUGGUUUUAAAUCAGUUGAUGUCAUAUCUUCAUUACAAAUCUUUCAAGUGACAGCAUGAGGUGCAUGGGAACUUGAUCAGUGUCAUGAAAGGCACUUCCUCAUUGGGUAAAUAUAGAGCAUUUCCAUUACCCCAAAAAAGUUCCCUCCUGCUCUCUCUUUUUUUUUAAGGUCUACAUGCAACGUGGGGCUUGAACUCAAGACACCGAGAUCAAGAACCGCAUGUGCUCUACCGACGAGCCAGCCAGGCGCCCCUCCCUCAUACUCUUGUAUUCAACCAACCUGCAGCUUUUGGCAGCUGAUGAUCUGCUUUUUGUCACUAUUUUACCUUUUCUAGAGUUUUAUAAAAAUGGCAUUUUACAUACA